GUCUCUCUAGGGGCGGAUCCCAGGGAGACGCGGCUGCGCCCUGUGCGGCGAAGCUUGUGUUUGGCGUCCCUGUUACCACGGUAACUACAGCUCACACGCAUUCUGCCACACUCAGAGUCUCCGGGUGUCUCUCUCCGGCCCCACAGAAGACAGAUGGAGCAGUCAGCUCAUAAUUUAACUGAGUCACCUCCAAAGCCUCAUAAUGGAUUUGGGAAUAUAGAUACCCCACGGACAAGUAAUCUAAAAUUUCUGCGGGCUAAGAGGUUAAAUUAUUUUUGUGGAAAAAGUGUUCAAAGUCAAAUAUCCAACACAGAAGAAACACAGGGUGUUGGAGCACAAAAGAACCGAAAGCAUACAAGGAGCCAAACACCACGUCGAUGCCAUUCCGCACCUGCCUCAAAACAAGAACAUUCUGUUUCUGCAGCUUGCAUUGUCCAGACAGGAGGCAAUGUUAGAGCAAAUAUUACUUCUACAGAUGAGGGAAUAUAUUUGCAAGCAGCAGAUGCAAGUCAUCCAAUUCUCCAAGGAAACGUAGGAAUAGAAAGUUCUGCGCAACUUCCUAGUGAUCAUGGUUCACCUCCAUCAAAACAUGAAGGGAAAACAAUGGAAUCUACUCAUCACAAUAACUUACAACCAGCACCAGAAACAUCUUUAAUUAUUCCUAAUAGUUUGCUACCAGAUACAUCAAAUCUACAGGAAGUUUCUGCUCAACAUUACCUGCAACCAGCGGCAAGAGAAGACACAAAAGGUCCACGGAUCCAGCAUAGCCUGCUACCAUCACAAGAAAAAAUCUUUUCUAGUCCCCAUAUUUUACAACCAAUACAAACAGAAGCUAAGGAAUCUUCCAUUUGCAAUAACCCACAAUCCAAACCAAUAACAGCGAGAGCUAAAAAUGUAUCCACUCACAAUUAUGUGAAACCAGAACCAGUAGAAGCAGAAAUUAAUGUACCUUCUUCUCACCGUAGUCUUCUAAGGAGCAGCUUUGUCUCUGACUUAGAUCAAGAUCUUCUAGAAGAUUUGUCUGUUCCAGAAACUGAAAAACUUCAGCAUGUAAUGACCUGGGCAAAAAAGUUCCUUAACAAAUGUGAUGGUGGAAGCACCUUGCCUUUCCGUGAAGGUGAUGACAUGCCAACAAAUGAUAUGGAUGAAAGAAUCUUAUCGGAGAAGUACUUAAAAUUAAACAAGUCUACCAUUGACAGCUCAGCACAAUUUGAUGUAUGUGUUGGGUUUCACGAUUCUGACUUUAAAAAACAAUCUUAUCUUAAUGAUCAAUAUAAGGAAUCAGCUCCAGUGAAAUUCUGCGUGUCAAAAAGUCCCAGAAACACAUUCAGAACCAAAUCAGUUUUUAAUCAUAUUACAGAAACAGGUCUCUUUUCACCUCAAAGACCUGUGUCCACGGGGUCUCAUAGUGACCGCAAAGCUGAUAUGGAUAACUUUUCUAAACCCUUACAGAUCAGGUAUCCACAGGUGGGGACAGACAGACCCAACAAAGAUCCCUUCCGGAGGAAAAGCUGUACUUUGCGGACAGAACAAUUUCUAGGCUGCAGUGAAUCACGUUGUAGUGAUGAUGAAGAUAUAUUUAGGAAUGGACUUAAGUCUAAGCAAAGGGAUAAUAAUAUACAGAUCAGUAAGGUUUCUGAGUCAGAUGUAGACAUAAAGGACAACUUUAGAGACAGAGAAGACACAAGCUCUACAGAGUCCAGUCUUGAUACUGAAAGACUCACUGCUCUUUUAGAAAGCCUUGACAUUUACCCCAGGGGUUCAGAAAAUAAAGCAAAUGCGGAAGAAAAAGAUGGGGAGAGAACAGACAGAACAUUCUUAGUGAGAAAGUGUGCAGAAUCUGAUGACAACACACCAUUGUCAGUGUCAAAGAAUAUCCUAGACUGCUUUCAACCUCAUCCAUACAGGGUCUGCUCUGAGGAUUCCGCAUCAAAAGUAUAUCAAGUGUGCCCCAUGUGUGGGUUUUACAGUUCUACAAAAACAAGCUGGUGUACAGAGUGUGGUUCCAUUUUAAACAGUGACAAAGACCUGACACUAAGAAAUGACACAGAAAACAAGUCACCACAGUCACCAAUAGUACAUGAAAAUGUGUUAGAUGAUUUUUUUAAUGUCAAGAAAGACAUUGUAAGAGGUCAUGAUAAAAUCCCUAUGGCAAAGCAGAAUGAUAAGGAAUGUGGAAGAACAGUCUGUUGGGAGGAUGACUCGGACAUCGUCUCUGACUCUGAUGGCAGUGUUCUUGAGAAAUACUUCAUUUAUGUGCAACAGCUGGAUAUGUUAAAAAGAGAAAAGGAAAAGCAAAGUAAAUAUUUAUCACCUGAAAGCUCUGGUGAAGUGUCAAGUGACGAUGAGUCCUCCAAAGAGUACCCCAAGCCUCAAAUAUAUAGUGGAAUACUCAAGUCCAGUGUCACCGGUAGACAUGUCACAUGUGAUGGUGAUGAUGAUGAUGAUGAUGAUGACGAGGAGGAGGAUGGCACUGCAACACAGUUUUUGGAAAACCCAAAUAUUUUAGUAAAAUCUGAUUGCCAUUUUGAUCAACAAACUAGGAAGGAGAGCCAUUUGCUAGGAUCCACUGAGAAAAGCUAUGAGACUGAAAUGUCCAACCCCAAGGGUCCACUAGAUAGAAAGCUGCAGAAAUCCACACUUAUUUCAUCAAAAGUGACUGGUCCUAAGAGGUAUUGGGAGAAGUCCAGUAUUGCUUGGUCCUCAUACACACACGGAGAGCUGAAGCCAAGAUCUCAUGAGGGUAGUCAAAGACCAGCCUCAGCCGGGCACAGAAAGAAUAACCAGCAGCACCAGGGUGAUAGGUCCACAAAUCCUGUUCAACAAGAAAUAUCCAACAAGGUGGCAAGACAUGUUAAACGACCAAACAGUUCCCUUACUAAGGCUACUGACUACAAGAAGGUUGCAGCUGCCUAUAUGAAAGCAGCAAAUUCAUGGGCAGUCAGUGAACAUCUUAGCCAAAGCUAUUGGGAUGGACAAUCAAAUAGCCUCCAAUGGAGUUCUGAAGAUGAACAUGGCUCUAUGUGGCUUUUUCUCCCAGAUGAGCUGUGGAUUUACGUUUUUUCACAACUGUCCCAUGAGGACCUCUCAAAAGUCACUCAAGUAUGCCAAAGAUUCAGAUAUAUUGCAAAUGAUGACAGUUUAUGGAAGGUGAUUAAGAUGACAAACCGUCAUUUUCUGAAUGACACUUGCCUGGCCAAUAUAGGACUUCAUCAUCCCGAGUCAUUAUCGUUAUAUCGCUGUCAUGAUGAUACUCAAAGCAUUACAGAAGAAGGUCUUGGAAAUCUUUUUCAACAUUGCAAGAAUUCGCUCAUGGCACUUAAUGUAACAAAUUGCAGUGGGCCAAGACUUGAAGGAGAUUUGGUUUUAUUGACUGCCAGUAAUUACUGCACUAGAUUAACAUCGGUGGACAUAAGCUGGACUGCGGCCACUGAUAAAGGCAUAAUUUCUCUUGUGGAGGCAUCUGCACAAUUGCAAAGCCUAUCGAUGAAUGGCUGUAAGAUUACAGAUGAUGCCAUCACUGCCCUUUUGAAAAAGCAUUGUAAAAGUCUGACUAAAAUAGAAAUAUUUGGCUGUCAUGCCCUCAGCACACAAUGCUUAAUUUCUGUGGCUACGGAGUGUACACAUCUGGAGAACCUGAACAUUGGCAGAAUUCCAAAAGCUACUGAUGUAUGUCUGGCAAAAAUAGCAUCCAAUCUACAGAAGAUAUCCACACUAAAUUUGACAGGCCUUAAUGUGGUAAGAGAUCGCAGUGUUCAUCAUAUUGUAAAACAAUGUUCAAAGCUAGAGAAUCUGACCCUCAGUUCAUGCUCACAAGUGACAGAUGUCAGUCUAGUAGAAAUCAGCACUUACCUGAGGACAAUCAAAUAUCUUGAUUUAAGUGGGUGUAAAAAGGUAUCAGAUAUAGGAAUUCAGGCACUAGCAAGAAGCUGCCAAGAAAUUAAUUAUCUGGAUCUUAGUUCUACUGGAGUAGGAAAAAGGGGUGUGUGUUUGCUAGCCAGCUAUUGCUAUGCCACCCUGGAAUGCCUCAAACUCAGUUUCUGCAAGGCAGUGACAGCUGACGCCGUUGAAAAGCUUUGCAAAAAUUGUAAAAGGCUGAAGAUGCUCCAUCUGUAUGGUUGCCCUGUGUCUCCUGAUCUUGAGUACAUAAAACAAUGCAGCAAAUCAUUUCAGAUUUUUCAUGAUCUGUCCAUACCAACUGCAAAAAUUCUAGGGGAAUGAAGACCAUCUACCACGAGUUAUGAAAACGUUUACUAGUUUUGGAUUCUCUUAAUAAAUAUA